AAGAGUAUCUUUUUGAUGUAUCUGCAAUAUCAGAACUGUAAAUCGGUUGCUGUUUCCCUUUUCCUCUGACCACUUCCAAGAAACACGCUGAUUCAGUAAACAUUUUUGUUUUAUCAGCUGUAUUGCAUAACAAAAGUGACCAAAUACGAAUCCUCAUUCAUCGUAUAUAAUUCCAACUUAGUUCGACGUGCCACCUGUUAUCUAAUCGACCACUUCACCCGCGAACAAUUACUUAACCAAUUGAAUUCUCUUUCACUGGCGCGAUUAGCAAUCCGAUUUAUCGACUAGGUGUUUGCAAUUAGGAAGGAGUUCUGUGAAUUUUUCCUUGAGCUUCGGACGAACGGUGUUUGAAAUAUGGCAUCGAAUAUUUUGGACUUAUUGCGGAACGAAGGUGUCUUGUCGAGUAAUUUACAAGAAAAAUUAUUGAGUUCCAUACCAGACAAUGCCAAGGAAAAGUUGUCCAAUAUCUUACAGCGGUAUCAGGAGUUGAACAAAGAAGAAAAGCAGGAAUUAGUGAAUGGAAUAGUCGAAAAGUUCACGCACUCGUUGCGAGAUAAAGUGCAGAGUAGUUCGAGCUUAUACAUGCAGUUGUUUUAUUCCCACUCGUACAUGGUUUUCAUUUUUGCCGUCCUAUUUGUAGUUAUCAUUCUUGGUACGUCAUUUCUACGAAUUAUUUAGUAUUUCGAAACGAAUAGUACAAACGAAAUUUAGAUAAAAAUGAUUCUCUUUUAUUCUAUUCUUGGUAAUGUUAUUACUUAAUUUAUCCUUUU